AUGGAGAUUGUGUACGCGUACGUCAAGAAGCGCAGCGAGUUCGGGAAGCAGUGCAAUUUCUCAGACCGCCAGGCCGAGCUGAACAUCGACAUCAUGCCCAACCCUGAGCUGGCUGAGCAGUUCGUGGAGCGGAACCCAGUGGACACGGGCAUCCAGUGCUCGGUCAGCAUGUCGGAACACGAGGCCAACACAGAGCGGUUUGAGAUGGAGACCCGGGGAGUUAACCAUGUCGAGGGAGGCUGGCCCAAGGACGUGAACCCCCUGGAGCUGGAGCAGACCAUCCGUUUCCGGAAGAAGGUGGAGAAAGAUGAGAACUACCUUAACGCCAUCAUGCAGCUCGGCUCUAUCAUGGAGCACUGCAUCAAGCAGAACAAUGCCAUUGACAUCUACGAGGAGUAUUUCAACGACGAGGAGGCCAUGGAAGUGACGGAGGAGGCCCCUUCAGCUAAAACCAUCAAUGUUUUCAGGGACCCCCAGGAAAUCAAGAGGGCUGCCACGCACCUUUCCUGGCACCCCGAUGGCAACAGGAAGUUGGCAGUGGCAUACUCCUGCUUGGAUUUUCAGCGGGCACCUGUGGGCAUGAGCAGCGAUUCAUACAUCUGGGACCUGGAAAACCCCAGCAAGCCUGAACUUGCUCUGAAGCCAUCGUCUCCACUCAUGACCUUGGAGUUCAACCCCAAAGAUUCCCACGUGCUUCUGGGUGGCUGCUACAAUGGACAAAUAGCCUGCUGGGACACCCGAAAGGGCAGCCUGGUGGCAGAGAUAUCCACCAUUGAAUUCAGCCACCGAGACCCUGUGUAUGGCACCAUCUGGCUGCAGUCGAAGACGGGCACCGAGUGCUUCUCAGCAUCCACGGAUGGGCAGGUCAUGUGGUGGGACAUCCGAAAGAUGGGCGAGCCCACUGAGGUCAUGAUCAUGGACAUCACCAAGAAGGAACAGUUGGAAAAUGCCCUGGGGGCCAUCUCCCUGGAGUUCGAAUCUACUUUGCCCACCAAGUUCAUGGUGGGGACCGAGCAGGGCAUUGUCAUCUCCUGCAACCGCAAGGCCAAGACGUCAGCUGAGAAGAUUGUGUGUACCUUCCCAGGCCAUCAUGGCCCCAUCUAUGCCCUCCAGAGAAACCCCUUCCACCCGAAGAACUUCCUGACGGUUGGUGACUGGACAGCCCGCAUUUGGUCUGAAGACAGCCGGGAAUCGUCCAUCAUGUGUACCAAGUACCACAUGGCUUACCUCACUGAUGCUGCCUGGAGCCCCGUGAGGCCAGCCGUUUUCUUUACCACCAAGAUGGACGGAACCCUGGAUAUCUGGGACUUCAUGUUCAAGCAGUGCGAUCCCACCCUCCGCCUGAAGGUGUGUGAUGAGGCCCUCUUCUGCCUCCGAGUGCAGGACAAUGGGCGUCUCAUCGCCUGCGGCUCCCGGCUGGGGACAACCACCCUGCUGGAGGUCUCGCCUGGGCUCUCUACCCUCCAGAGGAAUGAGAAGAACAUAGCCUCUUCCAUGUUUGAGCGUGAGACCCGGCGAGAGAAGAUCCUGGAGGCCAGGCACCGGGAGAUGCGGCUGAAGGAGAAGGGCAAGGCAGAGGGCAGAGACAAGGAGCAGACAAGUGAGGAGCUGGCUGUAGACCUGGAGGCGCUGGUCAGCAAGGCCGAGGAGGAGUUCUUCGACAUCAUCUUCGCAGAGCUGAAGAAGAAGGAGGCAGACGCCAUAAAGCUGAAGCCCGUGCCUGCCCUCUUUUGUACCAGCGGAGAGAGGAAGAAAAGACAUUGUCUGUCUGGGUCACCUCCUUUAGGCCCCACAGAUAAGAUGCCAAGAUAUGAAAGAGCCAAAGAGCAGCAUGGAAGGGAAAAGAAACGGCGGCAGCAACCAAGUCCAGAGGAAGACCAGGCGGUGGAGGAGGAAGAGGAAGCAGCAGGGGAAGAAGGGGAUGAAGAAGUGGAAGAAGACUUAGCCUAGAAGUCAGCCUUCGACUGCGGCGCUGUCCCGACCCUCAACCAGACUUGCAUGGCCAGGGCGGGGCCUCUCCUCCAUGAUCGACCCUCCUCGUCCACCUACAAAUCAGGAACAGAAAGUCUGUCCACUUUGAAAAUACCUUUCCAGGCAGCUCCCUGACCAUUUGGACACAUUGCCACGACAGGAGCCUCCAAGUAUGUGGGAGGGGACGGGCGGGACGAGCUUGGCUGUUCUGCUGCACCUGAACGCUUUCUGUUAUCCUAAUUUUUGUAAAAUUAAAUGAAUCAUAACAAUGCCA